UGUUGCGAGAAUAAUGAGGAAGUACGUGAUAGCCGAUGAUACCAGGAUACGUUGCAAAUAAUACACACGUAGCUGUUAGUGCAAUCGUGAAACUCAAAGCCGGUAGUGUAGUGUUACCCGGCUCGUCAAUGUGCAUCUAACUCUCAGAUUAUAAUGCAAGGAAUAAAAAUGGAUCUGAAGAAUGGUGGACACUUAGAGGAAAAAAAUAAAAAGUUAAAGAAAAAAGAGAAGUCGGUAUUUUGGACGUACGUGCUGUGGAUGUUUGGAGGUUUAGUUGGUGCGCAUCACAUAUACCUAGAACGAGACGCACAGGCUUUCAUAUAUUUUAGCACUUUGGGAGGAUAUCUUGGUCUCGGAUGGCUUCGAGAUAUCUAUCGGAUUCCCUCGUAUGUCCAAGAUGCAAAUGAUCAUCCUAACUUUCUGAAUGAUUUUAAGCAGAAAGUUCGAAACAAUCGUAGGCCGCCAUUCUCGACAGUGCGAUUCGCUACCGAAAAUGCGGUUGCAUAUUUUUGGGCGGAAAUAUUUCGCAAUGCGAUUCCAGAGGACGAAGUGUUUGGAAUAAAUUUUAGGCAUUUACUAAUUCUGACACCAUUGGUCAUUGCUUUAGGUGUCUGGAUAGUUGGGAAUAUAGGCAGGGAGCAGGGUUCCAUAUGGAUUGCUCUUUGUUCUGCAUAUUUAUUAUAUCCAACGCUAUCCUAUAUCGGAGACGACAGCAUGUGGAUAUUUUUGAUGGUCGUUGCUGCUAGUUUAGGCUUCGAUACGUUCAGCAAGCAAUGGAGGUUAAAGCCAAGAAAGAAAAGACACUUCGUUCAAAGGAUUUUUUAUCUCACUAUAGCUGUCGCAAUUUACGUGUCUUUACUAGGAUCGUUCUUAUACUUUAAUGCCGUUGUCACCGACAGCGAGGGUGAAGAGAUUAAACUAUCGGAAGCUAUCCAACACUUCUUAACGUCUCCUAUAUGGCUGGAUCUUAAGGCCAGUCUUGAAGCAACCUGGAAUCAGGCGGUACAUCAAGGCUUUUGGGCAACAUGGGCACAACUGAUAGAUCUCACAGAUCCUCGGGGAGAAAUAAACGCCUACAAGAUUUUAGGCCUUUCCCAAACGGCUACGCAAACAGAGGUAACGUCUCGUUGGAGAGCUCUCUCGAGGGACAAUCAUCCCGACAAGAUAAAGGGCACUGAGAAGGAAAGGAGACAAGCUCAGGAGAAGUUUAUGGAAAUACAGCAAGCGUAUGAAAUUCUUUCAAAGGCUAAGAAUCGCAGACAACGUCGAAAUAGAAAAUCCGAAUGACUCGUUUAUUAACGUUACCGUACACUUUGACUUCAAAGAUCGAGAAGAAUCGUUGUAAAUCAACUGAAAUUAUUGUGACAAUCAUUUUGAUACUUCGUAGAUUAGCGAUAAACGAAGGUUUGUCGUAUUAAGAAGAUGUUGCGCGCCUCGUAAAUGUUUAUUCUAAAAGAUACAUUUUUUACAAUAUUCCACUAACAAUAAGACGAGGUACGACGAGACAAACCGUAUUUAUUGAUCAUACAAACCUGCGUUGUAAAGCGUUCCUUUUACCAUGUUAUUUCUUACUAUAGCAGCGUGCUCUUUUGUCCAAGGCAUUGCUGAUUCGGAAAAUUUGGCACUACGCGUUCAAAUACGAAACACAUAACGUGUACAUGUAUAGGUAAAAUUUUGCACGAUGUGUUCUAUCUUUGUAAUACGAAUACUGUAUACAUACAUAUAUGUACUUACGUAAGUACCUAUUGUACUGUAUUGAUUUGCCUUAAUAAGAAAGAUUGUUUUCGCUCUUAAUAGUGAAAAAAUAUCGUACAAAUAAUACGAAUCUUUUUAUUCAAUAUAUUUAUUUAUAAAUCUUUUCGGCGAUCAUCGCGUAAUUAAAAAAAUGUUACUUUGUGCUUUACGAUA